GAAGAAUGUAUGGUUUACUUGAGUCAUCAAACAAAAAAUAAUUAGUAGAUAAUGCCACCAGAAACGCGGCUUUAAAAGGAGCUAGCAUUGACUGGAACAAGUCAAUGCCAAUUGGUGCCAAACAAACGCUGUCAACCACAGCCAAAACUAAGCUGAUCCUUAUCUUCUCCUGUUGGAAUUGCAACAAUGAUGACUUUUGCAGUUUUUGUUGUGUAUGCUUUUGGAUUGUUCAUGACCGUUAAGUCGGACUUUGCUGGUGAAUGUCUCUUUGCCCACAAUGUGGCAAGAGGCCAGCAUGAAGAUACACCAGACCUUACAUGGGAUGCAGACCUUGCAACCUCUGCUGAAAGCUAUGCCCAAAAAUUGGCAUCAGAUAACCAAAAGUCAGGUGGCAGCAGUUACCUUAUGGACCAUUCACCGGCAGCAGGACGCGACUAUGGGGAGAAUAUCUACAUUGGCAAUUCAGGAGGGCUUGAUGAGAGGAAAAUUGCCAAUGCCAUGUAUUUCUGGUACCGAGAAGGCAUUAAGUACAAUUAUGAAAGCAUUGCUCCAUGGACCUCUACCGGCCACUUCACACAGGUCAUCUGGAAAUCAACUACAACUGUUGGCUGUGGAAAAGCACUUUAUUACAAGAACUUAAGAAUACACACAAUUAUCGUGUGCCAGUACAAACCAAAAGGCAACACAAGCAUGCAAUUUCUUAAGAACGUCAUGAAAUUGAAGGCAGGAGGAAAAGAAAGUCUCUCCGUUGAAGAGCUAACAGGCACAGCUGGAGGUGCAGUUGGUGGCUGUGCUGGAAUUGAUCUUGUACCACUGGCUUGCAAUGGCAUGAAACCAUACUGCAACGACGCCAGCAACCCGUUCCUCACAAACUAUCUUCAGAAAAAUUGCAAAAAGACCUGUUAUUGUUAAACAGACAUCACAAGAUCAUAUCAUCAUUCUACUGUCUGCAUUCUUUAGCGAUUCAUUAAAAUUAAGAUCUUGAAACAUGUU